GGCCACCUCUUACCCGCUUUUCUCGGCCACCGCCUAGAGAAGCAUUGUUAGGCUUCUUAAUCUACCACGACAUGCCUAGCCUGGUUCCCUUUUCCGGCCCACCAGCGCCAGCGGGACACCCUCUGCUCCCUGCCCGCUUCCCCCUCGCUGCCCUGCGGCUGCUGAUUCUCCACCUCCUCCGCCCCCAUCAUCUCCAGCUGGAAGACAAGGCCACCCAGCCGCAGCGGGUGCUGGCAGCCCGGGUCACGCACGGAAGAGAGGUGCAAGCUCGGACCCCACGCAGGGUAGGGGGCGUCCUGGAGCAGAGUAGCGAGGCAAGUGGGAUGAAAGAGCGUGGGAGUAGCCGCACUGAAGUCUGAGCUUCUCCCAGGAGCCACCCCCCGCCCCCCAAACCAGCCCGACUAGGGCAAGAGCCUAGAGAGCUAGCCCAUCUGUGGCAUUGGUGCUGCCUCCUCCUUGCACCUCCUCGCCGACCCCUCCCUCCGGGGACCUGCAUCCCGCUCCGCCAAUCAGAGUCCGACUGCCGCUUCCCACGUGACCCCGGGCGGGCUAAGGACCUGCUGCUUCCCAAACGCCAGAGGGAUGCGGGCGGCAGAGCGCGAGAGGCGGCGGCUGGGUUGCGGGGCGCUGUGACUGUCCCUCCACCCAGUCUAGUCGCGCGCCUCUCUACUGCCCGCUGGCUGCCUCCUCUCUGCCUCCUGGUUUCUGUCUCCUGUUCCUCCUUUGCCCUAACCCUGUUCCUUAUGGCAGCAGCUCCCCGCAUCUGGGGCGAAGCUUCUCAGCGGACUAUCCUCUCGCUCCCGGGGCUGAACCGGGUUACUGGAUGUUGCUGAAACUCCUGAGAUCAUGCGCUCUUUUGGCCGCAGCCCCAGAGCCGGCUGUCCCUGCCGCCGCCUCCUCCUCUGCUGCCGUGGUCCGCGGGAUGCUCAGUAGCCCGCUGUGUGGCCCCCGCGAUCCCGUGUUCUUCAGAAGCCGUUGGUUGCUGCAGAGUUGCGCGAAGUAGUCAUGGUGCUGUGGGAGUCCCCGCGGCAGUGCAGCAGCUGGACACUUUGCGAGGGUUUCUGCUGGCUGCUGCUGCUGCCGGUGACGCUGCUUAUCAUAGCCCGCCCGGUGAAACUCGCUGCUUUCCCUACCUCCUUAAGUGACUGCCAAACGCCCACCGGCUGGAACUGCUCUGGUUAUGAUGACAGAGAAAAUGAUCUCUUCCUGUGCGACACCAACACCUGUAAAUUUGACGGGGAAUGUUUAAGGAUUGGAGACACUGUGACUUGCGUCUGUCAGUUCAAGUGCAACAGUGACUAUGUGCCUGUGUGUGGCUCCAAUGGAGAGAGCUACCAGAAUGAGUGCUACCUGAGACAGGCUGCCUGCAAGCAGCAGAGCGAGAUACUUGUGGUCUCAGAAGGAUCCUGUGCUACAGAUGCGGGAUCAGGAUCUGGAGAUGGAGUCCAUGAAGGCUCUGGAGAAAGCAGUCAGAAGGAGACAUCUACCUGUGACAUUUGCCAGUUUGGUGCAGAGUGUGACGAAGAUGCUGAGGACGUCUGGUGUGUAUGCAACAUUGACUGUUCUCAAACCAACUUCAACCCCCUCUGUGCUUCUGAUGGGAAGUCUUAUGAUAAUGCAUGUCAAAUCAAAGAAGCAUCAUGUCAGAAACAGGAGAAAAUUGAAGUCAUGUCUCUGGGUCGAUGUCAAGAUAACACAACUACAACCACUAAAUCUGAAGAUGGGCAUUAUGCAAGAACAGAUUAUGCAGAGAACGCUAACAAAUUAGAAGAAAGUGCCAGAGAACACCACAUUCCUUGCCCGGAACAUUACAAUGGUUUCUGCAUGCACGGGAAGUGUGAACAUUCCAUCAACAUGCAGGAGCCAUCUUGCAGAUGUGAUGCUGGCUACACGGGUCAGCACUGUGAGAAAAAGGACUACAGCGUCCUCUACGUUGUACCCGGCCCGGUCCGAUUUCAGUACGUCUUGAUUGCAGCGGUGAUCGGAACGGUUCAGAUCGCUGUCAUCUGCGUGGUGGUCCUCUGUAUCACAAGGAAAUGCCCCCGAAGCAACAGAAUUCACAGACAGAAGCAAAAUACAGGGCACUACAGUUCAGACAACACAACAAGAGCAUCCACAAGGUUAAUCUAGAGGGAGCAUGUUUCCCAGUGGCCGGACAACUGACAGCUUGGACUACACAAUACAGUAUUAGAGACAAAAGAAUAAGACAAGAUCUACACAUGUUGCCUUGCGUUUGUGGUAAUCUACACCAAUGAAAACAUGGACUACAGCUAUAUUUGAUUAUGUAUGGAUAUAUUUGAAAUAGUAUACAUUGUCUUGAUGUUUUUUCUGUAAUGUAAAUAAACUAUUUAUAUCAAUCACACAAUAUAGUUUUUUCUUUCCCAUGUACUUGUUAUAUAUAAUAAAUACUCAGUGAUGAGAAAAAAAAAAAAGGCAUUCUUAAAUUUGCAGUAAUUUGUAGCUGUAACCCCUGUGCAGCCAGCACAGGCUGUGCAGACAGCGGGAUUUCAUCCUCUGUGCAGCUUCAGACGGCACAUUCAUGUGCACAGGACUCUGGAGCUGGGUUCUGAGUGAUUCCAAGACCAAGGGAAAUGAUGGUUAUUGGAAAGAGAAAAAAUUAUUUACUGUAUCAAGGAAGCAUAAAAUAUAUCAGCUACUGGGAUCCUCUCUGCUUCAUCUACCUUCUUCCCUGUCUUUCAUUUUCAUUCUCAGAAAAGAAAAAUCUCUGGCAUCUAAAUUAAAUAAGUGAAGAAGGGAGGGAAAGUGUUUUAUGACUCAAAAUAGAAUGCAGAGAAGAUACUUGUCUUUAUUGGGAGGCAGCCUAGCUCUCUCUGUCAAAUACAUCUGCCCUCGGGGAUCUGAGUAAGGGAUACCUUAGGUAUAUAAACAGUGGCCAAACCAAUUCGGCUUCUGUGAGCAGAAGUAGCAACUAGGAAGAAAUUGUAACUGCCUCAGUAGGUGUGAGCCCAAAUCUCAGUUUCCUAGGCAAGAGUAAGCGAACCCCUGUGAGUUCAAGGCUGCAGAGCUAGUUCUAGGACAGUUGAGAUUUCACAUGCACGCAUGCGCGCACACACACACACAUCUCAUAGAAGAAAAAGAAACUUUUGCAGUGUUUAUAUCUUCUAUGAAAAGAAGGUAGAUUUGCAAAAGACAAACGCUCUCGUGAGCAUUUGUGCUCUUAGGGCCCAAAGAGCACUGUUGUUUGAAACUGAAAACCAAAAGACAGUGUUUCAUGACAAUGGAGAAAUAUGUUUUGGGCAUAUUUACGUAAGAAAAUCCCUGAGAAUCUAAGGAGCUUAGCGGAGGCUGUUGCCAACCUCUGUCAGAUAUGAGCAGACACUUACGAGUAAUCACUGUUUGGGGGAAGUCAACUGUGAAAAUUCUCAACGAAUAAGAUGAAAUACCAAAUUAAAUAAUUUCCUUAUUAUCGUUUACCUUUGGGUAGUUCUUGUAGCACCUACGGAUGAUUUAAAUAAAGCUUUCUUUGUCUUCCUCAAAUGACUUCUUCAUGAACUAGAAGAGAUGGCA